CGUCACGUCACUGUCAAGCGUGCGCGCGACAGGCAGUAUCUUCACGUUAGUUCCGGUGGUGUGUUUAUUUCAGGAAAUACGAGGGGUGUCCAGGCGUGCUGUCUGUAGUGUACAUGGUGACUCGGGAGUAAAGACAGCAAACAUGGUGUUCGAGUCCGUGGUGGUAGACGUGCUAAACAGGUUCCUAGGAGACUACGUGGUGAACCUGGACAGCUCGCAGCUCAAACUUGGGAUAUGGGGAGGUGAUGCAGUGCUUAGAAAUCUUGAUAUCAAAGAAAAUGCAUUGAGCCAAUUGGAUAUUCCAUUUAAAGUAAGAUCAGGACACAUAGAAAAGCUUGAAUUGAAGAUCCCUUGGAAAAAUCUGUACAAUCAGUCUGUAGAAGCUACAUUAGCCGGAGUGUACCUUCUCAUUGUUCCCACUGCCAGUAUAAAGUAUGAUGCAGAAAAGGAAGAAAAGCAACUACAAGAAGCCAGACAAAAAGAACUACAGAGGAUUGAAGAAACCAAGUUGAAAGCUGAAGAAAGAGAAAAACCUAAAGAAGAAAAACAAGACACCUUUAUUGAAAAGUUAAUCACUCAGGUCAUUAAAAACCUGCAGGUUAAAAUUUCAAAUAUCCACAUUCGAUAUGAAGAUGACAUCACUAAUCCUAAAAGCCCGUUGUCAUUUGGUGUGUCUCUUCAAAAUCUCAGUCUUCAGACUGCAGAUCGAAAUUGGAACCCAUGUCUUCCAGAUGAAACUAGCAAGUUGUUCUUUAAGCUUGUACGGCUGGAUAAUCUAUUUGCUUACUGGAACGUAAAUUCAGAACUCUAUUCUAAUGACUGCUCUGAGGAAGCCCUGGGCAACUUGAAGAAUGGUGUUGCAAUGCACAACUUGAUUCCAGAGGGUUAUGAUUUCAUAUUUCGUCCAAUCUCUGCCAAAGCCAAACUUCGCAUGAACCCUCGUUCAGAUGUUGACUUUUCUUCUCCAAAAAUGGACUUGGACGUGAACCUGCAAGAGGUCGCCAUAGAGCUUAACAGACCACAAUACCUCAGCAUCUUGGAGCUUCUUGGAUCUGUAGAUAUGAUGUCUCGAAAUUUGCCAUACAGAAAGUUCCGACCAGAAGUUCCUGUCCACUCAAAUGCAAAGCUGUGGUGGAAGUAUGUCACAACAUGCAUUUUUGAAGUGAAUGUUAAACCUAGACAUGAGAUGUGGUCAUGGAAGCACAUUAGAAGACACAGACAAAAAGUAAGGACGUACAAAGAAUUAUAUAAAAUGAAGAUAACAACCAAGAAGCCUUCUGAGGAACUUCUUAAGCUUCUCCAGGAACCAGAAAAGACAUUGGAUAUAUUUAAUAUCACACUAGCACGACAGCAAGCAGAAAUGGAGGCUUCAAAGGCAGGUUUAAAAAUCUACAGACCAGGGGUGAAAGUUGAAGAGGAGGAAUCAGGAGGCUGGCUUGGAUGGAUGUGGAGCUGGUCAGGAGAGAAGCAGGAGGAUAAAGAAACCAAAUCUGGAGGAUUUGAUGAAUUGAUGACCCCUGCAGAGAAAGCAAAAUUGUGUAAGGCCAUUGGAUACAGUGAAACUGCUGUUGAUCCCACCUUGCCAAAAGAUUUUGAAGCCAUGAAGCUCUCCUUCCAGCUGUUAAGCAUGUCUUUUUCAAUUAAAGAAGACUAUGGCAAGCCAGAAAUUAUAAAAGUUUCUAUUCUUGAUUUAAGUACAAUGCUGACUCAGAGACCAGGAGCACAAGCAGUCAAACUAUCUGCUAAAAUAAGCACAUUUGAAGUUACUGGACUGCCGCAGAAUCUGUCAACCCCAAUUCUGCUGACCUCAAGAAGUGUUAAAGUUGAAAAUAAGAAUCCUCUCCUCAGCCUCCAGUUUGAAACAAAUCCUCUUGAUGGAUCUGCAGACCAGAGGUUAAGAGUUGAAGCACAGCCUUUGGAAAUUGUGUAUGAUGCAGUAACUGUGAACAGUUUAUCUGAAUUUUUCAUGCCUCCCCAAGAUUUGCAGCUGGAAGAGUUGACUUCUGCCACUUUGAUGAAGCUUGAAGAAUUUCGAGACAGGACAUCAACAGGAUUGAUGUAUGUUAUAGAGACCCAAAAAAUCCUGGAUCUGAAAAUUAACCUCAUGGCUUCCUACAUAAUUGUUCCUCAGACUGGCUUCUAUACUUCCUCUGAGAAUCUACUUGUCCUGGACCUUGGUCAUCUCAAGGUAACCAGUAAAAGUCGUAAAGGUCUGCCACAGUUAACAGUAGGACAGAGCUGCAUUGAGGAUAUAAUGUCCAGGGCGUAUGACAGUUUUGAUGUGGAGUUGAGCAGUUUGCAGCUGCUCUAUAGCAAACCAGAGCAAGACUGGAAGAAUGCUCGAAAGUCUAAGCAGUCCUCCCUACAUAUAUUGGAGCCUGUGGAUUUGAGAGUAGACUUUAGCAGAGCUAUGGUUGUAAGUGAUCCAAGAAUGCCAAAAUUCAAAAUUUUUGGUCAGUUGCCUUUGCUUUCUGUUCGCAUUUCGGAUGAAAAGGUCAGACACGUUCUGGCACUGAUUGAUAGCAUUCCAUUGCCAAAAGGCCCGCCUGCCCCAUCUGCCUCAAAUACUCAGAGUACUCCACAGCACCCUAAGUACCCUGUUGUCAUGACACCACAGUUGACCCCAAGGAACCAAUCCUUGCCUAACCUUAGAUCUUCUAUUGUGUUUGAGUCAGAAUCAGAAGAAGAAUUUUAUGAUGCUCCAAGCUCUCCAGUGGAAGAUUUACCAUUUUUUGAAGCACAAAGCAAUUCUUUAAAAAGAAAAAGAAAUCCUUUAAAAAAGCAAGAGUCUGUGAAAAACAUGACUAAUUUUCAACUGAGGUUUGAAAUAAGUGAGGUGUCAAUUCAGUUAUGUCGUCUUUCUGAAAAUGUUGAACUGACAGUGUUACAUCUGUACAUUGAGGGACUAGGCACAGAGCUGAACUUGCGAUCAUUUGAUAUGUCAUCCAGUACUUUCCUGAAAGAAAUCUGCUUGAAAUGUCCAGAAUACUUGGAUUCGAAAGACAAACCAGUUUAUAUCAUUACAACUCAGGACAAUUCAGAGACUGAUCUUCUUACCUUGGAUUACAUUAAGGCGGAGAAGAAUGGGCCAGAAUUCAAAACGCUUUAUAACAAUACAGAACAGCUUAUAAAGGUAAACUUUAGCUCCCUGGAUGUCCACUUACAUAUAGAAGCACUAUUGAAUGCCAUGAACUUUUUAAAUAACCUCAUCCCACCGUCAGAAAAAGACACAUCUGAAGAAUCUGCCCCUACAGUCGGAGAGGAGAAAAAAGAAGAGACGACUGUAGCCAAGAAAUCAACUCCCAAGAAGUCUAAAUUUGAAGAUGUUAUCGGCCUACAUGUCCUUGCAGACUUGUCAUGCCUGAAAAUAUACCUUCGAAGACAGAAGGGACACAUUUCAGAGAUAAGCAUUGAAGGUCUUGUCUCCCAAGUAAUCAUGAGAAAGAAUGCAACCGAAAUACUGGCAAAAUUGAAGAACAUUGUUAUUUUAGAUUGUGAUGAGGAAGCUCUUUAUAAAAAGGCUGUAUCUAUUGCUGGGAAAGAGGUCUUCAGUUUUAAAAUGAUCUCUCAUGUUGAUGCCACAGAAGGCAAUGCCUACACAGAUAUGAAUAUUGUUGACAGUUGUGUUACCCUUACUGUUGGUUGCAUUCAAGUCAUCUUUGUAAACAAGUUUGUCUCUUCAAUACUGGACUUUAUAAAUCAUUUCCAAACUGCUAAGGAGGCUUUAACAGAGGCCACUGUUCAAGCAGCAGGAAUGGCUGCCACAGGUGUCAUGGAACUUGCUGAACGGAGCACCCGAAUGGCACUUGACAUUCAUGUGAAGGCCCCAGUUGUUGUUGUACCACAGUCUGCCGUGUCAAAGACUGUGAUUGUGGCUGAUUUUGGUCUCAUCACUGUUAAGAAUCACUUCUCAAUUGUUCAAUCAAAAACUCACAUUAAGAUUCCUCCAGUCAUUGAUGCCAUGAAAGUUGAACUCAGUGACCUUAAAUUAUAUCGAACAACCAUAGAGAAUAACACGUUCCAGUCUGAAAUUCAGUUACUGCAGCCUGUAAACCUAGGUUUGGUAAUUGAACGUAAUUUAUCUGCAGCCUGGUUCAACGAAAUCCCAGACAUUAAAAUAAUUGGGCAACUCAAACCAAUGAAUCUUGUACUCAGCCAGGAAGACCUGACUGUUGUGUUAAGGACUUUAAAUGAAAAUAUAGGAGAUAGUUCAGGUGCACCUGCUGCUCCUGCCACAGUGGAUAAAUCAGACAAUGUUUCUACAAAGGGUUCCCAGACAUCUGAACAGAAUGGAGGAACGACUGUGAUCACAGCUGCUGUUGUGGAAACACAAAACAUUACAAAGCUAAAAACAACUCUGAAACUUGAUUUCCGGUUUGAAUCAUUGACUUUGGAGUUGUACAGUCCAAAUGGAACACAGGUUCAGGAGCUGGAAUCAAGAGAUGAGCAGUUAAAACUUGCAGAAUUCAAGUUGGGAUUGAUUUCAACUGCUGUCACAAUGUUAUCAGAUAGCUCCAUGAAAGCCUCAGUCAAACUUGCAAACUGUUUGCUGGAUGAUAAACGUCAAAGAAUACAGAAAGCUACUCCAAGAAUGGUGGAAAUGAAACCAGGCUUGGAAAAAAAUUGGAUGGUGGACAUCAGCUACAGACAAGGAAGGGACGGCACUGUCCUUGAUACAGUCGUCCGUGACCUAAUCCUUUGCGCUAGCAUGGAGUUCUUGCUAACUGUAGCAGAUGUCUUUGUCAAGGCCAGUCAACUUAGUUCUGCAGCAGAUCAGAAAAAGAAGCUUGUGACAACAGCAACAAAAGAGCAAGCUCCCUUAAAACCAGUGGCCAAAAUGGAAAUGAAUGUGGUUGUGAAAAAUCCAGAGAUAGUUUUUGUAGCAGAUUUAACCAGAGCAGAUGCCCCGGCACUAGUGGUUACAACUCAGUGUGAAGUCUGCAUUAAAAAUGACCCAGAAACUCAACAGAUGACUGCUGCCAUUAAGGAUCUCAAGGUUGUUGCAUGCCCAUUCCUGAGAGAAAUGAGGAAAAAUAACAUCACUACGGUUCUCCAGCCUUGUGAUGUGUUUUUCCAAAGUUCACAGACCUCUUCAACUCCACAGAAAAUAGAACUUGUCAUAAAAUGCCUUACACUAAAGGUUUCACCAAUUAUCAUCAACACAGUAAUAACAAUUACGUCAGCACUAUCUCCUGCUGCAGAGACUCCACAAGAGCUGGAAAGUCCAGUCCCACUUAAUCUGUGGGAUAUGAAACAAGUUAAGGAUUUAAAACUUUGGUUCCUGGAGGAGGACAAUGAAAAUAAAAACAGCACUGUCUCUCCACUGGUUCCACAAGGAGAAUCCCUGAAAAUGACAAUUGAAUCAAUAUUCCUUACACUGGAGGCCGGUGUUGGACACAGAACUGUUCCCAUGCUUCUUGCAAAGUCUGCUUUUUCAUGCGAUGUUAAAAACUGGAGCACUCUCAUUAACCUCCAGAGUCUUCUUAAUUUAGAGGUACACUAUUACAAUGAGGUUAUGGGUGUUUGGGAACCUCUUCUGGAACCUUUGGAUGAAGAAACCAGUGAUAAUUUCAGGCCGUGGACCUUAGGAAUAAAGAUGAAAAAGAAGCCUGUAAGGUACACUGCAGAGUUCGAUGAAGUGGACUACAAUGUCCCUGAUUACAAGACUGUUAUCAACAUCUCUUCAAAAGAUCAGCUCAAUAUAACUCUGUCAAAGUGUGCAUUGGUAAUGCUUGGCAAUCUAGGCACGGCAUUUGCUGAAGCAGCUAGUCAAACCUCAGAAUGUUUCCAGAAAGACCAAGCCCCUUUUGUGAUCAAGAAUUGCUUGGGGAUUCCAGUGGUGGUUUCUCACAGUGAUACAUUCAGUGUAAUUGAUUUGGAUUUAGGAAAGAAAGAUUAUGAGCUGCAGGAUGGAGAGUGUCUAAGUAUGGAUUACCAGAGAACGAUGAGUGAGAAGGACCAGUUUGUGGCCAUGACCAGCAUGAGUGGCAAGAGAUAUUACAUACAGCCUACUCCAUUUGACCAUACUUCCGCUAAUCGAAUUCCACUGACGAAAGUGGGCCGUGGUUUAUAUAGUGUCAUACACAAGGAUUCCGGAGUAACAAGGUUCAUUGUUUGUCAGAUUCACACAGUGGAAGGGAGCAAGGUGAUAACGAUACGCUCUCCUUUUCAGAUUAAGAAUCAUUUCUCAAUACCAUUCAAGGUUUAUGAAGAUGAAAAGCUUAUUGGAAUAGCUUCGCCCCAGGAAGAAUUCUGCAUCCCUUUACCUUUCUACAGAUCAGUUCUUAGCUUGCAGCCAGUAACUGAAGACAACAAAGUCUAUGAGAAAUCUGAAGUAUUUACCUAUGAACUAAUCUCGGAUCAAUCUGGAGAAUGCCUACAGCGGAAAUGUCAUAGAUCCAGUGACCAAUCCCUGAUUAUCAAUGUAGUACCAGUUAAAGAUGAUUUAACGUGCAACAGCACAGAAGAAAAAAUGGAUCACCCUUAUAUUGCUCAUUUGUGGCCUACUGUUCUUCUACGAAACUUGUUACCUUAUCCUAUCAGCUAUUCUCUAGAGGAGAAUGCAAACCUCACUGCCAUUCUGAAGGAAGGACAUUCUGCUCAGAUUCACACGGCUGUACUAGACCAGUCCAGACUGGAGUUAUGUGUACUAGACUACCUUAACCAAAACUGGAAGGGACAGUACCACAUUAGAAGCAACCAGCCAGAAAUUGACUUCAUUCAGUUUACGUCUCUCAGUGAGGAUGACAGGACAGAGCUAGAUAUUGCGAUCCAUGUGACAUACAACACUGGCCAGACAGUUGUGGCAGUGCAUUCCCCAUACUGGAUGGUAAAUAAAACAGGACGGUUACUCCAGUACAAAGCUGAUGAUGUUCAUCGUAAGCACCCUCUAGAUUACGAGAUGCCACUCCUUUUUUCUUUUAAACCAAAGAAUUUUUUUCAGAACAACAAGGUGCAACUUAUGGUGUCAGAUAGUGAACUUUCAGAUGAAUUCUCCCUUGAUACUGUUGGCAGCUAUGGUGAUGUAAAAUGCAAAGCCCGGAAUAAAGAUUAUCUGGUUGGUGUGAAAAUAGACGCCAGCAGCUUUAGUCUGACGAGAAUUGUUACAUUCAUUCCAUUUUACAUGCUGGUCAACAGAACAAAUCAUCAGAUUGAAGUGUCAGAAGAAGACAAAGACAAAUGGACAGUUACUGAUUCAAAUCAAUCUGUUCCCUUUUGGCCCGAGAAAGGUUAUGCAAAACUCUUAAUCAAAGUUCAAGGUUGUCAGACACCACCACAAGCAAUACACUUCAACAGGCAAGAAAAUUGUAAUUUGCUGCAUUUGGACUACAAGUUUGGAGGUAUUGUUGUGGAUGUCAACCUGACUGAACAUUCAACAAUAAUCAGAUUCUCUGAUUACCAUGAAGGCUCAGCUCCAUUCUUAAUUAUUAAUCACACCAAAGAAACCUUGGAAUAUCAUCAGAGCUACGCAAAGGAAAAAGAUGAGCUACAGCCAAGUAAAGCAAUGUACUACACAUGGGUAGACCCAACUGGUUCAAGACUGUUAAGCUGGACCUGUGGAAAACACACAGGGGAACUGAGCCCUGUACAGGAUAAAUUCCUGGAGAUCAAUAGUGAUGAUCCAAAGUUAUACUUGGCAUCAUUUUACGAAGGCCUUCAGAGGGUUGCAUUGUUUACUGAAGAUGAGAGCGUGUACAAACUUUUGUGUGAAAGUGAAAAGGCAGAGCUUGCAGAACAAGAAAUUAUACUAUCUUUGCAGAAUAUGGGAAUCUCAUUGGUUAAUAAUUGUUCCAAUCAAGAAGUGUCCUUCAUUGGAAUAACAAGUUCUGACGUUGUAUGGGAAGCCAAACCAAAGCACAAGUCUCGAUGGAAACCAAUGCGUGUCAAUCAGACAGAUUUGUUGGAGUCAGCCUUUCGAGAAUAUAUUGAUUCUGGUCCUGUGGAUAACCUAAUUGUGAAUCUUGAACCAAACUUUCAGGUGUGUCUGACACCUACUGCUACUGAUAUGAAAAUGUUGCUCCCCCAUGAAGCAGCAAUCAGGAGAAAUUUCUUACCAGCUGUAAAAGUGGAACACAACAUCUCAGCACGUCAGAAAUCAUACAGAGUACAGAUCUACAGGAUACAGAUACAAAACCAGCUUCCUGGAGCCAUCUUUCCCUUUGUGUUUUAUCCCAUAAAACCUCCAAAGUCUGUCACAAUGGAUUCAGAACCCAAACCGCUGGCUGAUGUUAGCAUUGUGACGAGGUCUGCAGGACAUUCAGACAUAUCGCGUAUCAAGUACUUUAAGGUUCUAAUUCAAGAGAUGGGCUUAAAGUUGGACCUGGGAUUCUUGUAUGCCUUGUCUGAGCUCUUUACACAAGACAAUGCUAGUGAAGCUUCAACUGAACAAAAGGUUCAACUUUUUGAAAAGGAUAUUGAAUAUCUUAAGAUGGAGCUGAACACUGUAUCUACCACAGAUACCUCUGCAAUUGGUCUUUAUGAAUAUUUCCACAUCUCUCCUAUCAAGCUGCAUUUAAGUUUAUCGCUAAGUACUGGAGGUGAAGAUGGAAAUAAGGAAAGACGACAGACAGAAGUCAUUCCUGUUCAGUCCCUGAACCUACUGCUCAAGAGUAUUGGUGCCACUCUAACAGAUGCACAAGAUGUAGUGUUUAAACUUGCUUUCUUCGAGUUGACCUACCAGUUCUGUACAACUCAGCAACUUCAGUGGGAGGUCAUCAGGCAUUACUCUAAACAGGCCAUCAAGCAAAUGUAUGUCCUUGUUCUUGGACUGGAUGUCUUGGGCAACCCAUUUGGAUUAAUCAGAGGCUUGUCUGAAGGAUUUGAAGCUUUCUUCUAUGAACCCUAUCAGGGAGCCAUUCAGGGACCAGAGGAGUUUGCAGAAGGAAUGGCACUUGGUGUAAAAGCUCUGGUUGGAGGUGCUGUUGGUGGCUUAGCUGGUGCUGCUUCCAGAAUCACUGGUGCCAUGGCAAAAGGGAUUGCAGCCAUGACCUUGGAUGAAGAGUACCAACAAAAACGUAGAGAAGAGAUGAAUACACAGCCAAGUGGUCUAAGGGAAGGCAUUACUCGGGGAGGCAAAGGUUUAGUGUCGGGAUUUGUCAGUGGUAUUACAGGAAUUGUAACAAAACCUAUAAAAGGUGCCCAAAAAGAGGGAGCAGCUGGAUUCUUUAAAGGAGUUGGUAAAGGAUUAGUGGGAGCAGUGACACGGCCUACUGGAGGUAUCAUCGAUAUGGCCAGCAGCACUUUCCAGGGUAUUAAAAGGGCAACAGAAUCCUCAGAGGGUGUGGAGAGCCUACGACCUCCCCGCUUUAUUCAUGAAGACGGAGUCAUUAGACCAUACAGGGAAAGAGAAGGUGUUGGCAGCCAAAUGCUACAGAAAAUUGAAAAUGGAAGGUUUGCCAAAUACAAAUACUUUGCCCAUGCCAAGGUGAACGAAACAGACUUUUUCAUGAUCACAAAAAGUGGCAUAUUCUUUGUUACAAAAGGAACAUUCGGACAGCUUACUUGUGAAUGGCAAUACUGUUACGAUGAGUUCACCAAAGAGCCACUUGUAGUUGAAGGCAGACGCUUACGCAUUGAAGCAAAGGAGAGAGUAAAGUCUGUGUUCCACGCCAAAGAGUUUGGGAAGAUAAUAAACUUCAAAAGUCCUGAAAUUGCCAAGUGGGUUCUUGCCAAAUUAGAAGAUGCAAGAGAUAUCCUGCCAAAAUACUGAAAACCCAUAAUCAAGGCUUCUCUGAUGAAAAAGAACAUCAAAUACACAACUCCCAUUCAGUGCCUUUUGAUGUUUCUGAAAUGCAAGAGAAUACCAUACUAUGAUAAAAAAAAAUAUGCAUACAUGUUUCAUGUUACAUGUAUUUAAUUCAGUUUAUAAGUACAGUUGAUUUUUUUUAUCUAUAUUAAUACACAUUUUAGCAGGUUGUGCCUAAGUUUUAAAAAUACAUAUUUGUUUGAAAAAUAGGCAGUUGAUUGCUAUUCAAAUAAAUGGCAAUGAUGUUCAUAGCUUCUAAAGUUCACCAUUUGUUUUUAGAUCAUAAUAGUUAUUAUUCUAUCAGACACUACCACUUAAUAAAGGGCCACAUAAUAUAUACAAAAGUGCAAUUUUUCACUCAUACCUAUUGUUUUUAUUUAAAUGGGUUGGCAGUCUUGGCUAUAACAAUAUCUUAUCAAACUUGACAGUCAGGUUUACAGUGAAGGUGUUUUGCUAGUGAAUGUGACUCACUUUUCACACAAUUACAGAAAGCUGUGGACAACAAAAGUCAUAUCAAUCCAAUAAACCUUAAUGAAAUUGAAAAUGAUCGUCUUUGCAUGGCAAUGCUAUUUGGAGAACUUCAAUAUUUAUUCCUUAGAUGCAUAAUUUCAGUAUAUACCGUAUUACUUCAAUUUGGCGCCACAGCGUUUAUUUUAAAUUGAUCAAAAUGACUGCGGCCCUUAAACGAGGGCGGCCUUUAUUAAUAAUACUAUGCUUUACAAACGCUGCAAUAUUUCAAUAUUUUCUUGCUCUUAUUGUAUUACUUGUAUUGUAACACUUGAAAUGUAUUUGCUUACGAUUGUAAGUCGCCCUGGAUAAGGGCGUUUGCUAAGAAAUAAAUAAUAAUAAUAAUAAUAAUAAUAAUAAUAAUAAUAAAAAUAAUAAUAAUAAUAAAUGAUUUAAGGCAUUUUAGAAACGGCGCCAUUAGAGGCUCCAAUCUGCAGCACUAUAAUCUUAGGUGUGUUUUUGGGGCUUGAAACACAUUUACAUUUACUGACAGUUAACGAGAGCCUAUUAGGUGGCAGUUGGGAGGUCAGGAGUGUGUAUUGGUUGCUAUGGGGCGGGACAAGAAGAGGAGACAGAACGGUAUUUGAGUGUAAUGCAGUUGUUUUUCUUAACGAAAAUGAUUACCUCUGAAUAUCGGUUUGAUUUCUGUUAAAACUAAAAUAUAUCUAAAUAUAUAUAUCUUCAGCCAGCUUUCGGAUAGCGCUUAGAGUGACCGGCAAAGCUCUAAGUUACUCUGAAUUUAAGUUUUCACCAUCCAAUCUGACGACGAGGUAAACAGACAGCCCUUGUUUUAUCCCCUGCUGUGUUGGCACUGAACUCUGCUGGGAAAAAAAAGCGACGUGAAGGACUGCUGUGCUGUAAGUAGUUAAUCUUGGGUUGUCUGUUGGGACUGUACUAUAAAAUAACAUUUGCUUACUAAGGUGGGUGUACAUUAGUUUGUAUUACAUGCUGGAUUGAGGUUGCAGUUUCUUCGGGGGUGUCAUGUACACAGGCAGAGUUGCGCGUUUAUUUUUUGAGCAGGGGUAGAAAAAAAAUAACUUUUACAUUUCUUUAUUGAGAGCGACGUCUAUUAAAAAGCUGAUCACUGAGUGAGGUGUUAAUUCGAGGACAGCGUUAAUUUGAAGUAAUACGGUAUUUUUAUCUGGUGAGGAAUACUGUAUUAUGGGAAGUAUAGACAUUACUUGCAUUAAAUUACUAUUGCAUGUAAAUUUGUUGAACAAUUUUUUGGCAAAGUUAAUUUAACUUGUAAAUCACUGGUGAUGGUUAAUGUUUUAUACAACAUAUUACUUAUAUGAACUCAUGGUUUAUGUUACUUGCUGAGGACACGGCAACUUUUGAUGCAUGAGCUUCUCUUUUAUUUUUUAUUUAUUUAUUUAUUUUUAAUAAUUUAGUCAUUGCCAAUUAGUUUUUUUGAUUAUUUUCUCCCCAAUUUGAAAUGCCCAAUUAUUUUUUAGGCUCAGCUCACCGCUAUCACCCCUGCGCUGACUCGGGAGGGGCGAAGAUGAACACACGCUGUCCUCCGAAGCGUGUGCCGUCAGCCGCCGGCUUCUUUACACACUGCGAACUCACCGUGCAGCCGCCUCAGAGCUACAGCGUCGGAGGACAGCGCAGCUCUGGGCAGCUUACAGGCAAGCCCGCAGGCGCCUGGCCAGACUACAGGGGUCGCUGCUGCACGGUGAGCCAAGGACGCCCUGGCGGACCUAACCCUCCCUCCCCCCGAGCGACGCUCGGCCAAUUGAGCGCCGCCCUCUGGGAGCUCCCAUCCACAGUCGGCUGUGGAAUAGUCUGGACUCGAACCGGCGAUGUCCAGGCUAUAGAGCGCAUCCUGCACUCUAGCGAGUGCUUUUACUGGAUGCGCCACUCGGGAGCCCCCAUGAGCUUCUCUUUUGAAGAUGAUUUUGUUCAUAGUUUUCGUCGUCGGCGAAUCCUGCGAGACCACAUACAUCCUCUUGAUAAUUAUAGGACAUCCUUUUAAAUCAUAUUAGAUUCUAAAGUUUCUUUAUAGGAUAAUAUACAUCUUGUAGGAAUAAUUUUAAAGUUCCUAUAUAAUCUGAUGGGAUCUUUCACGAAUGUCUUGUCAGCUUGUUUGUUGUAACACACUAACACACACACACACACACACACACAUACAUAUAUAGUUAAUCUGGAUUUUUAACAAAGGGAAGUGUGAAGACUUAAGAUAUGAAGUACGAAUAAAAAAGUUUGCCCUCUCAGCAUCCCGAUUCACAAAAAGGUACUGAUUUAAUUUUAAUCAAUGAAUCUCUAAAACGAAAACAGUCUUAAUAAUAUUCCCAUUAAAUUAUAUGUUUAUUUUUGGUAGUUUUAAAGGUCCUGUCCACAUGCGUUUCUUCAGUGGGAGUUUCUAUCUGUAUCACUGACCAAGCCCUCUGAAAUAUCCUCCCUUCUAAUUGGCUACCGAGCAGUGAUGACAUCACUGACUUAGUAUGAACUGCUCUUAGUGAUAAACUAACAAAGAAUUAUCAUAAGUAUGUGUGGUGCAACUGAAAUAAGAGAGUGCUUAGUUAUAAACUAACUAGUAACAAUUUAGGACUUUACGUUCUAACUUAGAAAUGAACUUACUCAUAGCUGGUGCAACCCAGCCCUGGUUAUUGUUGUUGCUUAAUUUUCAAAUACAACUGUUGAAGGUUCUGUAGCAGUACACAGUACUUGUACUGAAACAUUUUGAGAGUUAUUUGAGGCUGGUCAGGUAUUUUCCCAGGUAUGUAUUGGAGAAGUCAUCACUGCCAGGUUUUAGAAGUAAUUUUUUCAGGUGUGCCUCUCUAACAACUCCUGAUAUCUGACAAUCUCCAACCUGAUACUAUAUUCCCAGGAAAAUUGGUGCUGGCAGUGUGUUGAUACAGAAGCUAAAAAAACACAACAUCCAAACUGUUUUUAUUUAAAAACAAAACAGCAAUAACAUAGCAGGAUGUAAUGCAGUGACACUUUCACACAGAUGCAUGUCGCAUACCAACAUGACAGUGUAGACCUUUCCUUUGGUUUUAUUGUUUCAUGUUAUUCAAACAUCCCUGCCUGUUUUUGGUAUAUGUUUAAGAUAUCAUUCACAUUUUUUGUUGUUGUCAGUGGCCUUUUUCUUUGAUUUUUAUUUUUCUCUGUAGUAUUGUUUUUGGAUGUUAUGCAAGGUAUGUGGAACAGUUCUUACCUUUAAUAAAAGACAUUUUGCUUUUGGA